AUGGGUCAGAGCCAGAGUAAUGACGACGAUGAGGUGGAACUGGCCCAAAUCCAAGAACUUUACACGGCCUUCAUGCAGGAGUGCCCAAGCGGAGCUCUCCACCUGCAUGAGUUCCGGAAGAUCUUUGGAAUAUCAACCACUUCAGAGGAAGAAAGUCUUUACGUCGAGAGGAUAUUCAAGACCUUUGACAAGAACAGGGACAAUGUGAUCGACUUCAUGGAGUUUGUAGCUGCAGUUCACCUUGUGCUCAGAGGGAAACUCGAGGACAAACUGAAGUGGUCAUUUAAAGUCUACGACAGAGAUGACAACGGCAAACUAGACAGGCAUGAGGUGAAGCACAUCAUAAAGAUCAUCUACAAACUCAAACAAACUCAAGACUCUGACAUGACACCAAAUGAAGUCUGUGACAGAAUAUUUGAACUUGUGGAUUCAAAUAAAGAUGGUCAGAUCUCUCUUGCAGAAUUCAUGGAGGGGGCCCAGAGGGAUGAGUGGAUCAUGCAACAGCUCAAACUGGAUGUUAAUUGUAGUGGAUGGUUCAAGCAGCACUGGAGAAGGAAGACGUCAUAACCUCAUCAUAACACAUCAUAACCUCAUGAGUGUCAGGGCCGCCGACAACUUUGGCUGGGCCCGGGACAAAGACAUCUGAAUGGGCCCCAAACCCAGUCAAUACAAUGUAAUGAUGAUCCAAUUCUGGGUCCCCUCUCUCCUUGGGCCGGGACAAGUGACCCCUUUGUCCCCCUUUGUUGACUUCCCUGGGUGUCAUUCACAAACUCCACUAUCCAUCCAUCCA